UUCUCCUACCCAAUUUCACAUUUGCUCCUUUUAUAUACCCUCCCUUCUCCCUUCUCCUUUUCAGUUCAUCUCUCGCUCCAGCACCAGCUCAACCAACCUAGCUCUAGCAGCUUGUUCGUCGUUGCCGCCCCCGCGUCAGCUAAUUACUCUGAAGAAAAAGUCCGUUCGCAAGGAUGUAUCACCCGCAGUGCGAGCUCCUGAUGCCCCACGAGAGCCUGGACAUGGACGCGGUCGUCGGCCAGUCGCACCUCGCCGCUUCCGGCGUGUCCGCCAUACCCGCGGAGCUCAACUUCCACCUCCUCCACCACUCCUUCGUCGACACGGCCGCCUCGCCGCAGCCGCCCACCGUGGACUACUUCUUCCCCGGCACCGACCCGCCGCCCGCCGCCGUGCAGUUCGAGCAGCUGGCGGCCACCAACCACCACGCCAUGUCCAUGCUGCGGGACUACUACGGCCAGCAGUACCCCGCCGAGACGUACCUCCGCGGCGGGCCGAGGACGACGACGGGGUCGUCGUCCCUGGUGUUCGGUGUGGCCCACGACGACGAGUCCGCGGCCUACAACAUGGUCGGCCCAUUCGUCGAGAGCUCCCCGACGACGCGGGCCGCCGGCGGAGGCAGGAAGAGGAACCGCGGGUCCCGGGCCGCGGGUGGGCCGGCCCACGGCGGCGUCGAGAAGAAGGAGAAGCAGCGCCGGCUGCGCCUCACCGAGAAGUACACCGCCCUCAUGCUCCUCAUCCCCAACCGCACCAAGGAAGAUAGGGCGACGGUGAUCUCGGACGCGAUCGAGUACAUCCAGGAGCUGGGGAGGACGGUGGAGGAGCUGACGCUGCUGGUGGGGAAGAAGAGGCGGCGGAACGGGGCCGGGGAGCAUCACCUGCACCAGGGGGACGUGGUGGACGCGGCGCCGGCGGUGGGGGCGGCGGGGGAGCUGGUGCUGGCGGCGGAGAGCUCGGAGGGCGAGGUGCAGGCGCCGCUGGCGGCGCUGCAGCCGAUCCGGAGCACGUAUAUCCAGCGGAAGAGCAAGGAGACGUUCGUGGACGUGAGGAUCGUGGAGGACGAGGUCAACAUCAAGCUCACCAAGCGCCGCCGCGACGGAUGCCUCGCCGCCGCGUCACGGGCGCUCGACGACCUCCGCCUCGACCUCGUCCACCUCUCCGGCGGCAAGAUCGGCGACUGCCACAUCUACAUGUUCAACACCAAGAUUCAUCAGGGAUCGCCGGUGUUUGCAAGCGCAGUGGCCAGCAAGCUGAUAGAAGUGGUGGAUGAGUACUAAGCUAUCUUGCAUGCCUACCCAGAAGAGAUACAAUUAAGUUUCUGCAUCGCUAGCUAGCUAGCUAGGGUUCUUGAUAUAUCUGCAAUUCAGCAUCGCAGUAGUUCUUUUGGCUUUAAUUGUAGACUCUGUUUGAUCCUAUAAUUGAUAAAGACAUAUGUGUCUGGGUGUUUUGAUA